GAUGGCUGCCAUCAUGGUGUAAGCGAGGCACCUCGUUUUUCGCGUGCUAAAUAACCACGGUCACCCAAAAGCCCUCGAAAAAGUCUCGACUUACAUUUUCUACCCCCAAGAACAAUCAAGCAAAUUAAAAAAAAAAAUGUCAGUGUGUGUUCAACAAAUUCCGGGAUUACGAUGAAUGAGUGCAAACAGUGUUGUCAAUGAUACUAGUGAAUUGAAUGCGUUAUUAGAAUCGUCAUCACCUCCGUUAAAUGCACCCCAACUAAGCAAUGCCAGCGGUAAGUGUGUGUGACCCAGUCACCUCAGCCCUCCGGCACUCGCUGGACAUGCAAACAAAAUCCCCCGACGACAUAGCCGUCUCCCUCGCGAGCAAUGCCUCUCGCAUCCUCCAAACAGAAAUUGAUUACGAGGAGGCCGAUGGCUACCAAUCAAAGGUCCUGGACCACCUAAAAGCCAAGUACAUAGUCCUAAGCCUCCCACCAGAUCCCCCAGACUCGUCAAAGCCAAAAGAGCAAGCCUCAAAGAAGCCUCAAGAGCCCAAACGAACGGGUCCCUCCUUACCAGAGCCCACGACAAUCCUCUACCAGCCCAGCAAGAUAACCCUCGGCUGGAAGGGCACCCUCCCCGUGGGCUCUGGCAUGUACAAUGUCGGCAAUACAUGCUACCUAAACAGCACCCUGCAAGCCCUGUUCCACGUGCCAGCCCUGGUCAACUGGCUGCUAUCCGAUCCACAUCACACCUCAAAAUGCGAUCAUAACGAGGCUGGAGGUGAGUGCCUUACCUGCGCAAUGUCAAAGACAUUACAAUUCAGCCACGAAAAAUCCGGCAACGCCAUAAAACCUUUUUACAUCUACAACAAGCUAAAACUAAUAUGCAGAACAAUGGUGCCUGGUCAGCAAGAGGACGCUCACGAGUUCUUGAGAUAUCUCUUGGAAGGAAUGGAGAGGGCCUACUUGUCCCGUCACAAAGCCCUCAAACUCGACUCCUACUCCAAGGAGACAACACCCAUCAAUCAGAUAUUCGGUGGUUACAUAAGAACCGAAGUCAAGUGUCUCCAGUGUCGUCACGUAUCUACGACAUUCCAGCACUUUCAGGAUCUUCUAGUUGACAUUAGAAAAGCAAACUCCCUCGACGAGGCACUGACAAGCUACUUCAGCAAAGAACAGCUUGACAACAAUGACUACAAAUGUGAGGCUUGCAAACGAAGAGUCCCUGCCACCAAGCAAUUCAGUUUAGAAAGACCCCCCAAAGUCCUCUGCGUUCAGCUGAAGAGGUUCAGUGUUAUGGGGGGCAAGAUAUCCCGGCACAUUGGCUUCAAACAGACUGUCGACAUGGGCCCCUACUUGUGGAGGGAACCCGGGGAAUCCCCGAGAAAGCUCAAUUACAAACUCAUGUCGAUGGUCACCCACAUGGGCCCCUCUGUCAAUUGCGGUCAUUACACGGCUGUUGCACAGGUGUCAACGGGACAGUAUUACUCGUUCGACGACUCAUGCGUUAGAUCCAUUAAUCUUACUAAUGUAUUGAGCACUAAUGCGUACAUAAUGAUCUUUGAGAUGGAGCCACAGUCGAGUAAACUGCCGAGCCCUCAGCCGAAGGUGAAUGGGUUGAAUGUUGUCAAGGGUAUAACGAAUGGGAAUGGAAAUGGCGUCAAGGCGAUGAGCCCCAAGCCCUCGACAUCGGGGAUUAUAAACGGUAUGAAUGGGGUUAAGAAGGACGCAAGUCCGAUUAUAGGGCCUCAGUUGCCGCAGAAGGCGAAUGCUCAGAAGAGUCAGUUCAUCGGGCCACAGUUGCCACCGAAGAUGGUGGAGAAGAGCCAGCCGAGGCUUGUGGUUCACAUUAAGAAUGGAAAGGUCUUGAGUGGAAGCAGUCUUGUGCCAUAUGAUGGCUCCAGCGAUGAGGACGAGACUUGUGGAAAAAAUGGUGUCAAUGCUUCCGGUAAAGGGGUCAAUGGGGGUGCUACCAAAGUUAAGGAGGUGAAGGAGAAGGCUAUUCCUGUGGUCAAGGAGGCCAAGAGGGAGAAGGCUAUGAGCCCUGUGGGGCAGAAUGGGAGGACCAGUCCCAAGCAGAAUGGAAAGGGGGAGAGGGUGGAGAAUGGAAAGGAGAAGUGGUGCCCCAUCAGGGUUCACACGGAGGAGAGGGUUCUCACUAAGGCUGCCAGCAGCAUCAAUGGAUGGGAGGUCACCAAGGAUACACCAUCACCUACUUCGGGGGCUACACCCAAUGGAUGGUCCGUUACUGAUAACAAGGAAGAGAGUAGAAAAUCAAAUCAUACAUCAGCACCGAGUGCCGCUGCUCCCCGGAAUUUCAACGGUACAAAUCGCUCGGAGACAGUGUCACAUCUUCUGAAAAUGUCACAUCGUGGAUAUGGAAGCUCAUCGGUUACGAAUUGGAACGGCAACAGAUCUCACCUGGAGCGUGAGGUUGACACCGAGAGGCGAGAGGAGCGCAAACGUCAUCACGACCCAGACGACGAGGAGAUGGACAGAGGUAGAACCAAGAAAUUGAAGAAUCAUCGUGAGUACGAGGGCAGAUCAAACCCUGGCUACAAUCCCUUUCAAGAGUAUCAGAAUGGUAAAACGUGGAAUCGACCUAGCAAUGGAUCUUACCACCGACGAAAUUACUACAACACUUCCAGCCACAAUCGUCCACGUCACGGUGGUAAUUACAGACAGCAUUACCGAUAUCACGGACACAACCGCGAUCACUGGCAACGUAGAUAGAAUGAUAGAAUUAGGGGAAUUUAACUGUUAAUGAGAGAUAAAACGUAAUGGGGAAUGAUUUUAUUUCAUUCUCGAGCAAUAUUUAAUCUGAGAAUUAGGCAUUGCAUUUUUUAUUGGGGUGAUGAUUGUUUACCUCAGGGGGGGGGGAUGACUGUUUUGGUCCUCAGUGGGUCUUAAUUAUUCUGAAAAUGUUUAAACAUUAUUUUCUCUCAUUUGUGAAGUGGCAGAGGAGAAGUUUAAUUCGAAAUUGAUUUUACUAUUUUGUGAAUAUCUACCAAACUAUCAGAAUUAUCGAAAAAUGUCACUGAAACUUUUUUGUAUAUUAUUAAAUUCUGCACAAAAAUUGUCUUCUGACAUUUUUCGAUAAACCUCGUCCCCUCGCACCUGUUCACAAAAGACUUUUCACUCGUGUUUUAGCAAUUGGGAAAUUUUGUAUCGAUUAAUUUGCGAAUAUCUUCAAAACCAUUAGGUUUAUCAAAAAAUGUUACAAGAUCUUUUUUGUAGAUCAUGAAAUUUUCCACAAUAAAGUUCUUCUGACAUUUUUUGAUAAACUUCAUCCCCUCGAAGAUAUCCGCAAAAUAAUGCACUAAUGAUUGCUUUGAAAUAUUCUUCUUCUCUACCACUCAAUUUAAUUUCACACUAUUUUCCAUAUUUGCGACUCUGCACUACUGUAAGAAAUGAAAGACUCAAUUUGCCAUUAAUGAAGAAGUUCCUGGAAGGCUAGACACUUUGAUAAAUAAAUGAAAAAGCAUAUUAACACGUUAAUCCGUCCUAAUUCACUAACAAUUUAAUUCUGCAGAAUCAUGCCCCUUUGAUACAGAAUAAACCCUAGGCUUUUAUCGAAUGAAGCCCACAAACAGAACUGAAUAUACAAUUUUUACAUUCGUUUCUACGUACGAUACAAUUAAUUAAUGAAUAAUGAGUUGAAUUAAACCUGAAUUUUCGUCUCACAUACGAGAAUAAAGGGGAAAUAAUAUUUUCACUUGACGUAUUUCAUCAUUAUCCCCCCAUUAGAGCCUCAUUUUACAGUUAAUUACGAAGAGAGUUAAUUUCAAAGCGGUUCACAAUUGAACUCAUUAUUAUUUUCAUUUUUGUUAAUCCCCAGCGUUUACUGAAGCGUUAAAUGCCUAUAGGCGCUUUCAGCAUUAAUGACUAAGUAAUUAUAAUAAAAAAAUUUAUAAAAGCAAAUAUUAAGGGAAAUAAUGAUUAUUCCUAGUGUAACGAUAGCUGUAAAUUACUAAAAAAAUGAGAGAAAAUGUAAUUUUAAGGCCUUUUACACUUGGUAAAGGGCGCGCUAAACGAAUCGUGAAGAGAUGGGAUGUUGAUGUACACCGGGGGAUAACUAUAAUCCCCCAACGUCAAUUUGUAAUAUUUUUCCUAUGUACCCAGUAUCAAUAUUGAUUGCCCUCGGUGUGCACAUUUAAUAAAUCAUUACCUCGUUUUACUAUUCUACGAAUUAAUACUAGCCAAAAAAAUUAAUAAAAUGCGACAAAAAUGUUAUAUUAAGUAUAGGGGCUGCGUAAUUAAUUGUAAACGACUAGGAAUUUGUGAAUGAGUGACACAUUUUAUUUAAAAGAAAUAAAUUUGAGAAUGCAGUGAUGGAAUGGGACGAAUCGUUUUUUUUCUGGAUCAGUUUUUGUCUGAUAUAUUUCGAUCUGAGGGAGACGGGAACAUUUUCGUCUAGAGAUUUUUUGUAGAGAAUUUUCUCAGCUACAAAAAAGGUCGGAAUGAUAAUUUCGGUAUCUCUAUUGGAUCUGGAGAUAUUCACUAUAAACUGAAAGUAAAGUUGAAUGGUUUCAUUCGUAACUUUUUUUCUGGGGAAAGUUUUUCGUUGAUAUCUCGGAAUCUGUCAGAUAUGGGGCAAAUUUCAUGAGAACUUUUUUGUAGGGAGUUUUCUCAGCUACAAAAAAGGUCUGAACGAAAAUUUUGCCAUCUUUUUUGGAUUUUCAGCAAAAACUGCUUUUUCCUGAAGGGAAAUCGACUUAUCCUGUUCCACCACUCGAUUUCUAAUGAAAAAAUUAA